AUGCUGCUCUUCUGGACAACCACACUUCUACUGCUGGGAGCAGCCCGAGGGAAAGAAGUUUGCUAUGGUGACCUUGGGUGCUUUUCUGACGCUGAGCCCUGGGCUGGGACUGCAGUCAGGCCACUGAAAAUUCUCCCCUGGACCCCUGAGAAAAUCGACACUCACUUCUUGCUCUACACCAAUGAAAACCCAGACAAUUUUCAGAUUCUCCACCUUUCUGAUCCAUCAACAAUUGAGGCAUCAAAUUUUCAAACAACCAGGAAGACCCGGUUCAUCAUCCACGGCUUCAUAGACAAGGGAGAUGAGAGCUGGGUGACAGACAUGUGCAAGGCCAUGUUUGAGGUGGAGGAGGUGAACUGCGUCUGCGUGGACUGGAGGAAGGGCUCGCAAACCACCUACACGCAGGCUGCCAACAACAUGCGGGUGGUGGGCGCCCAGGUGGCCCAGAUGCUCAACAUCCUCUUGACAAACUAUAGCUACUCCCCUUCCAAAGUCCACCUCAUUGGCCACAGCCUGGGAGCCCACGUGGCUGGAAUGGCAGGGAGCAGGACUCCAGGCCUGGGCAGGAUUACUGGGUUGGAUCCUGUGGAAGCAAGUUUCGAGGGCACUCCUGAAGAGGUUCGACUCGAUCCUUCAGAUGCUGACUUUGUUGAUGUCAUUCACACGGAUGCAGCGCCCUUGAUCCCCUUCUUGGGUUUUGGAACAAGCCAACUGGGGGGUCACCUUGACUUCUUCCCCAAUGGAGGCCAGAACAUGCCAGGUUGUAAGAAGAAUGCCUUGUCACAGAUCAUCGACUUGGAUGGCAUCUGGUCAGGAACUCGGGAUUUUGUGGCUUGCAAUCAUCUGAGAAGCUACAAGUAUUACUUGGACAGCAUCCUCAACCCCAAGGGGUUCACUGCGUACCCUUGCACUUCCUACAGGGACUUUGAGUCUAACAAGUGCUUCCCCUGUCCGGACCACGGGUGCCCACAGAUGGGUCACUAUGCUGAUAAGUUUGCUGGCAGGACAAGUGAAGAGCAGCAGAAAUUCUUCUUGAAUACAGGAGAUGCCAAGAACUUUGCACGCUGGAGAUACGGAGUUUCCAUCACACUGUCUGGAAAAAUGGUCACCGGUCAGGUCAAAGUUGCUUUGUUCGGAAACAAAGGAAACACUCACCAGUAUGACAUCUUCAGCGGAAUCAUCAAGCCAGGCUCUACCCUCUCCUCGGAGUUUGAUGCAGAGCUUGAUGUUGGAACUAUUGAGAAAGUCAAGUUUCUGUGGAAUAAUAAGGUGGUAAACCCAACUUUCCCCAAAGUGGGUGCAGCCAAGAUCACGGUGCAAAAGGGAGAGGAACAGACAGUAUACAAUUUCUGUAGUGAAGAUGCUGUGAGAGAAGACAUUCUGCUCACCCUCACGCCCUGUGAAACGCCAAACACAAUAUGA